UAGUUACACUCCGUACGUCGUAGCGACAGGGUGUUCGCAUUUCUCCUCUCGCUUUCCAAACUCUUUCUUGUGAAAAAAAAGUCUUUCUCUUAUCGUCUUGAAGCAAAAUAUUAUCAUCUUGUACACAGUGUUGUUUGUGAUUUUUUUUUCAUUAUGUUUUAACUAAACAUCUCUUCGUACGAACAAUUGUUAUGUAAUGAGUUACUGAAGCAACUGAAAACUGAAAACUGAACAAAACAUCGAGUACCGUGUCUGUGAUAGAAACAAAGAGAGAGAGUUUUUCUUAAAGAAAAAUCAAAACAAAACAAUUUUUUUGUUGACAGUUGAAAAAAAAACAAACAAUUUGCGCGUGUUAUCUGUUGCGAUAUUUGAAUUUUAAAAAAAUAACGUUCGAUGUUGGGUUCUCAAUUUGAAAAUGACGUCACAGGAAUCAACAAUGACGAAGAACUUUUUGACCGUGACCAACAUUGUGAACGAAGGGAUCAAAGGCAGCAAGAUCUCUAAGCUUGGCUUGUCCAAGUACCUCUCGCAAUCUCUAGCACAGCUAGAGACCACUUCGAUCAGCUCACCUCAAGCGAAGUCGCCUGCUGGAAGCAGCGCUGGAGCGGCUGCGAGUGCCUCGACAGCACCGGGAGAACGAACACCAACAGCUCACAAUAAACAGCUGCAGAAUGUCAAGGGACAGGAUCAUCCGCCGCAUCCAUCUAUGGCGUUUCUCCAGAACCGUUCCAUUUCCCUGGUGGACAUGUACAUCGACAAUUCGGAGCCAUCGGAGAACGUCGGUCAGAUCCACUUCAGCUUGGAAUACGACUUCCAGAACACUACCCUGAUAUUGAGGAUCAUCCAGGGCAAGGAGUUACCAGCCAAGGAUUUGAGCGGGACCUCCGACCCGUACGUCCGGGUGACCCUACUGCCGGACAAGAAGCACCGACUGGAGACCAAGAUCAAACGGCGCACCCUCAACCCGAGGUGGAACGAGACCUUCUACUUCGAAGGGUUCCCGAUACAGAAACUGCAGAGUCGGGUGCUCCACCUUCAUGUUUUUGACUACGAUCGGUUUUCCCGGGAUGACUCCAUUGGAGAAGUAUUCCUGCCUUUGUGUCAGGUGGACCUGAGCGAGAAGCCAUCGUUCUGGAAAGCCCUGAAGCCGCCGGCGAAGGACAAGUGCGGCGAGCUGCUGACGUCACUAUGCUAUCACCCCAGUAACAGCGUACUCACCCUCACGCUGCUGAAGGCAAGGAACCUGAAGGCAAAGGACAUUAAUGGGAAAUCAGAUCCCUACGUCAAAGUAUGGCUUCAGUUUGGUGACAAGCGCAUAGAGAAACGUAAGACCGCUAUCUUCAAGUGCACCCUGAACCCCGUCUUCAACGACUCCUUCUCCUUCAACGUACCCUGGGAGAAGAUCAGGGAGUGCUCGCUGGAUGUCCAGGUCAUGGACUUCGAUAAUAUUGGACGGAAUGAGCUGAUCGGGAGAAUAUUGUUAGCCGGUAAAAAUGGGUCCGGCGCAACAGAAACGAAACACUGGCAAGAUAUGAUCACGAAGCCUCGGCAGACCAUCGUCCAAUGGCAUCGCCUCAAACCGGAGUGAAAAGGAAAAUCAAGAUCAAAAAAUUAAUAAAAAAAUUACAAAAACGUCAUAAGACUGAAUGGUUAACAAAAUUUAAUGACACUACCACUCUUUGAACUGUCCUUGUAACGGCGUUGUGCUUUUAUUGUUUGUUAACAUUUCAUAGUUUGUUAAAAACCAUUUUCGUUCGUUGUUAAAAAAGAUUUUUUCUUAUAAUUGCUUCAUUUUUUUACACAUUUUUAAUGUAAAAUCAAAAGUUAUACAUAUAAUUGCGUUUUUUUCUUUUCGAUAAAAUAAUUUAAUAAAUGUUUUUUCUUUAAAUCACGAUUCUAUUUCAUCUAAGCACACGCUAUUUCUCGAAUCUUGACUAUCGUUAAAACUAAAAAAAUGUUAAAACGACUUAAAAUUUAAAAUCAAAAAAAUUUGAGAUAUUUCUAAAAAACACGAAAAAAUCAAAAUGUUGAAAAUUAACUUUUCCUAAAAAGUGAUUAGUUUGAAAUGAUAUGCAUGAUUAAAUUUUUAACACAACAUUUAUUUAUUGUUAGUUAAAUUAUUUGAGUUCAAAUAAAAUACAAUUUGUUAAUUUUCUAUUUUAGUAUAACUGUUGUUUAUUGAAUGUAUCGUUUUAAAUUAUAUAAUUAUGUAUCGUCAGUUAAUUAAAAUUGUUAAAUUAUAUGACAUAGCAUUUCAAACUAAUUUAAAAUCUUCAAGCUAUAUUGACGUUUUACUUAAUAAUUAAUGGUUGGAUGAUGAAUGUUAAGAAUUUUAAUAAAAAAUAUUGUUAGAAUUAUAAAUUAAUUGUUAAAAAUGUAGUAAUUAUUACUAAUGGUCGGGUUCACAUCGCACAAAGAGAGUAGAGUUUUUUGUUAAAAUUGCUUUUUUUGGUUAACAUAUAUUUUAUUUAAUUUUUUAUUUGUAAUUAUAAUAUAAAAAAAUUACCGAUGAUUUAACAUUUAAAAAAAAGAAAAUUGAUUUUGAAUUGCUCAAUUAAAGAGUCAACAAAUAAUUUAACAAUUACAUUUCAUUAUUUAUAUUAUUAUAAAUAAAAAUAUCAAUUCAAUCAAGAGUAAUGAAAAAACUGCCAAAUUUGGAAUUUGAAAAAAAAUUAAAAAACAUCUCAUACACACAACGUACAUCAUUUAUAUGAAAAAAAAAUGAAAUGUGUCAAAAAAUUUACUUUUCGUAUGCGAAGAUGCUUGUUGAAAGAAGGGACAUUCUAAAUUAAUUGUUAAAUUUUAAGAAAGAAAUGCAAUUGCACGAGGCUGGUCAAUUUUAGGUGAGAUUUAAACGUGAUGUAAGAAACGCCCAAUGUUGCAAGCCAUUCUUAACAAUAGCCAUUGAAUAUUGCUUCAUUUAAUAGUUAGCGAACGUUUUUGUUAUAGUAAAAUACGUAUAUAUAAAAAAUAAAUAAAAAAUAGUAUGAAACGCUUGUUGUUACAUGUUAAAGCUUACAUUCCGUAAAAAGUAGUUCGAAUCGAUGUUAUGGCGUAUUGAAAAAAAUAUUUAAUUAAAAUAAAUAAAUGAAAUGAAAUGAAAUGAUUUUCAUAAAAUAUCAAUUCAAUCAGAUAAUUUCAUGCAAUGAAUUUCAUUUCAUUUCAUUUAAUACAUAAUAAUAAUUUAAUAAAUAUAUAACAGAAUCAUCAGAAUUCAAAGUAUUGUAUACAUUUAUAAAGGUUUUAUAGAAUAUAGAGUAACUAUAGGUGUACAACUUAGCUUGUUGUUAUAGAAAUUAGACAGUUUAAUGUUCAUACAAAAAAAUUAGUUGCAAUCAAAAAAAUAAGGUCUGUUUGAAUAAAAAAAAACAAUUUUACUUGAAAAAUAAUAUCCUCUAAACUGAGCUUUGAAAAACCGAUUUUAGUGGAAAAAAUAUGUCAAAAAUUAACAUAAUUGUUAAGAUAUGUAUAAUUAAAUAGUUUUAGUGGUAAAUUGUUAAUGAUUGGUUAGUUAUAUCGAUAUUUAAUGGGCAGCAACUUCGGAAGGAGUUAAUGGUAUAUCUAUAUAUCCUCUUUAUGUAGAGGAGGACAGGCUUGAAGAUGAUGAUACGGUAGUGACUUUGUAAAUAGAACAUCUAACAUAUGUUAAAAAUCAAUAUCCUUAUUUACUUUUCGGUGUAUGAAAACAAAACGCGAGCGAAAAAUCAGAGAGCGUCGGGCGCUCUGUUUGGCCGGCGCGAAUGAAACAAACAAUCAGUGCGUCGAAUCCGCCACUCGUAUAGUUUUCGUUUAACGUAAAGCAAACUCUUACUAAGCGUACUGAGUGCCUAGACAAAUACUAACUCAGAAACGAUUGAAUUUCAGACCUAUCACGUAUAAUAUGUGAUAAACAUAAGCUAGACAACCAUUGUUAUGUAUUUUGUGCAGAGAUAACAAAAUUAUCACUGUAUCGAUCGUCACUUGAUUAGAUCUGCGUAUCUUAACUGCCGAAUUCAAUAACCGAUCUCAUUCCAAAGUCUUUAGAUAAAAAUGGGAUUUUGACAUUAGUUCUAUAGAGUUUCUGUCAAAAGUAAAUAUCGACGCAAAGAAUUUGCGAUUAAGAUCAAUUAUUGAAGUUAGCAGUUAGACGAAAAGGAUAUAAUUAUAACAAUGCUAGUCAAACGAAUGAAUAGAUAAAUUGAUUUAUAGUUAUCGCAUUCUUUAACAGCACAGCUACAAACCAACUAUUAUCGUGUCAUUUAAAUUUGAACACUAAAUCGUAUGUCGUAUGAUAUAUUAUAUAACGUCAUUGCAAAAAGGCUAUGAGCGCGCGGUCCACGCGCUGCACACGCAAUAAACGCCGUGUCUAAGCUGAGUCAAAGUCGUACUGUUUUAGAGUUAGUUUCUUUUAUGGGCUAUAUCAGUGUCAUUCCCAAACAUUGAUUAUUUUUUACUCGUUUGACUAGCCUUUGUGUGUCAUUAGUCAAGACUAAAGGCCAACUUCUAAUAACAUAUUAAAAAAACUUUCAACAUAAAUAUCGAUGUAACUAACUAAAAAAAGUUGGAUAUAGUGAUGUGACACUUACGAUACCGCUGUCAAAAUAAUGAGCAGAAAAAUGCAAUCUGUCAAAAAUGUUUGACAGUUCAAUAAAUUCAAUAGAAAAAUGUAUCUUAUAAUAUAAUAGUUAAACGUCUGUCUGUUCAUUGGAAUAGGUAGUUUAAUAGCUGAAAACUAUAUAUUUUUUACUCUCGUGUUUAUGCAAUGAAUAAAUGUCUAUUUUAAUGGUAAAGUACCUUGGUGAUGCUUUUUUAAAUUAUUUUUGCUAAGCAUUUUUAUAAUGUUGAGUUUAUUUUAUCUAAAUGUAUGCUACUGACACUUUAUAUAAAAUUAGGUGUCAACUCCUAUUUCGCGACUCAAAAUGCUACUUCAAUUUACCAAAAUUCCAUAGCUCUCAGUGCCCAAAAAAUCUAACUAAAAAUUCCAAAAUUCUCGAGAAUGCGGACAACGGUUCAGCUCUAAAACAAAAGCAUAUCCAGGUUAUGGUAGGAAAGUAAAAAUUAAAAAAAUAUUGUAAGUAUAAAAGAAAGGUCAAAAUGAGAGGAAUUAUUCUAAUAAAUGUACAUAACAUAGGAAAAAAAUGUAUUGAUUGUCGUCAUGCAAAGUUUGAGCUAAAAAUCGAAAAAAAUAUUUCAUUAAAAUAUACAUUAAAAAAAAUAUUUAAUGAUAAAAAUAAAUAAAUAUUUUUGCAUCUUCCGAUUACUACCUCUUUUCGCUUAAUAAAACCAUAUUUUUUAAAUGUUGUGUAGCUACAAUUUCAACUCUUUAAAAAUAAAUAUGAAAGUGUAUUUUUCCAUAAAUAAAAUACUGCUAUUGAAUUUUAUUUUUCUUGGAUAAACCAGUUAUUUGAUUCAUAAAAUAAAUUGUCAUCUAAUUGAAUUCAUUACUGUUAAACAUUCAUAAGAAUUUAGUCUCAAAUGAUUGGUUUGUUCAAUAAUUGUCUAGCUUUUUAAUUCGAAUCAUUGUGAUGUACAAUUUAUGACAUAUCAAUUAUUUUAAUUUUUAAAGCCUUCAAGGAAUAUAUAUUUUGGUGAGAAUUUCUUAAUAAAACUAUAUAGAUUAUAGCACGACGCACAUACAUUAUUUUUUAACUAUAUACAGAAUAAUCAGAAAGCAGUAUCUUUCUUCUGAAACUACGACAUAUAUAUUACAUCUUUCCACCUUUUUCUUUGUUAACAUAUGACUAAUAAUUAAAUUAUUCAACUUUUUUGUUAAUGUUUGAGUAAUAAUUAUUCAACAUUUUUUGUUAACAUCUAAGUAAUAAUUAUUUUUAAUUAAAAAAAGUUAACGAAAUAUAUUUUGCAAAAUAAUACGAAUCGAGAUUGCAAAAGCGAACGAUUUUUCCAAUAGUAUUUUUUAAUAAAUGAAUAAUAAUUUUCGCAAUUAUUUUAAUCAUUAUAACAUUUAAUAUAAUUCGGUGUUGUCAUAUAAUUGCCAAUAAUAGUAUUGUUGUUGCAGACGUAUAUGUAAUAUAUAUAUACAAGCUUCAUGUCAGUCGCUAUGUAUGUCGUGAUGCUUUGGAUUUCGUUCGUGUUAGAUUACGGAGUAUUUCUUAAUAAACAACAGUAUUUAUAUCUAAAAAGAACCUUUUAUUAUAAUAAAGAUAUACAUAGCAAGAAUGACAGAGUUACAAUGACAACCAAAAACAAUCAUGCCAGCUAGUUAAAUUUUCAGGAACAAAUAUUAAAACUAAACUCAUUUGUGUUACUCAACACUCCCCCUAAAAUUUAACUACAAUAAAAAAAUAAAUCUCCCACUGAAACUCACAUAUCAAACAGUGGGAAAAGAAAACAAAAUCUGAUCUCUUAAAUAGAUAAAAGAUUGAGUUGGUAAUGCUUUAGUCAAUAUAUCAGCUAAUUGACUGUUACUAGGAAUAUAAUUUAUCUUAAUUACACCAACCUCAACCUUUUCUCUUAUAAAAUUAAACUUUAUAUCUAUGUGCUUAGUUUUCUUGUGAUAAACAGGAUUAUUGAUCAGCUUGAUCGCACUCUGGUUAUCAACAUACAACGGCACAGAUAUAAUAUUUUCACCUAAGUCUAACAAUAAUUGUUUUAACCACAAUAUCUCCUUUGCAGCCUCACAUGCAGCUACAAAUUCUGCUUCUGUCGUGGAGAGAGCAGUAGUCUUUUGUUUCUGGCUACACCACGUUAUUGGUCCCCCAUUCAAAAUGAAAAUGUAACCCGUAGUAGACUUCCGCGUAUCAAUAUCGCCAGCAAAAUCUGAAUCUGAAUAGCCAGUAAGAUCACUACUUCCUCCAUAAGUUAUACAUAAGUCCUUAGUAUUUAUUAGGUAUCUAAUAACACGUUUAAGUGCAUUUACAUGUUGCUGACUUGGAUUGUUUACAUAUCUGCUCAAAACAUUUACAGCAAAAGAAAUGUCAGGCCUUGAAACAGAACUUAAAAACAAUAAGGAGCCUAUAGCUUCCCUGUAUGGAAAAUUAACAAUAUCUUCAUCAACUUUCUUUGAAAUAACAACAUUUACAUCUGCCGGGGUAUUGACAGGAUUUGAAUUACUCAUACAAAACUUCUUUAUUAUUUGUUCUAUGUAAUCCCUUUGACAAAUAUAGAUACUAUUAUUUA